AUGAACGAUUUGAUUGCACGAGGAAGAGACGACGAGUGGGCUUUGGAGAGCUUUGACUUUGGCCUAGCAGUAGAUCACAAUCACCCCCACGACGACAUUGACCGUAUCGUAGAUAUCAUCAAACCUGACCGCGGGUUAUUGAUGAACGACUGCAGCCAUGCCGAUACUCUCUCCACUGCCGGAGAAUCCUCAUCAUGGGGAAGCAGUUGCGAAUACCAGUAUACACAUCAACAACAAGACAAGGACGAACCGCAAGGAAGCAGUAGCAGCGAAGAAGAAGCCCCUGUGGGAGAUCUCAAUGAUUCCGAACGCUCCUUGUCUCUGGACGACCUCAAGGCAUUCUUUGUAGAAGACCAAGUGGGAGUCUUUGAUCCAACACGAGACGACAUUCCACCACCAAAAGCGCGGACAGACUUCAAGGGAGACUCUCAGAAUUCUUUUACGCUCGAUGAUUUGACAUCUUUUACGGAGACCGGUGACGAGUCCGAGAAUGACACACAAGACAGCAAUAACAACAACACCGAAGGCAGCUUGGGAUGUCUCUUGACUCCCAACAAACGAUCCAGCGUCGUUCACCGAAAGAGCAAACGAAAAUCUUCUCUGGUUCCCGACAAGCUCCCGGCGUCUCCGCUCAAGGGCAUUCUCAAGAACGGAACCUGCAACACUCGCCGGUCCUCCUCCUUGACGAUGCUUCUCAUGGAAGACUCGACGAUGCUACAAAUGUCCUUAUCCAACGACUUCUGCGCCGACAACGAUGCGUCUUUGGGAGACGAGGGAUGGUCCUUGAAUCAACAGAGCUUUGGGGCAGCAGACUCGGAUGCACUGGAUCUACAAGCCUUGCUCGAAAAGCGAGUCCAAUUCUCCACCGUACUAGUCCACGAGCACGCACUGAUUGUCGGAGAUAAUCCCUCCGUCCACGAAGGUGUUCCGCUCUCCCUCGGCUGGAAGGCGCAACACUCACAAACCUACGAGAAUUUGGAAGCCUACGAAAGCGACAAGAAAAAGAACACCAGCAACAACCACAGUAACAAUCCAAAAUGCAAAUGCACCAAGGCCAGGAGAUUGGACGCCGAAGAACGACUCUUUCGGUUGCUCAACGCCGGGGUUUCCCUGGCGGAUAUUCAAAAGGCCGAGGCACGGACCAAUCGCAUCCGCGGGGAGCGAGACGCCACCAAGCAACAGCAUCUCCUGUUACAAGGAGGCCUACAUACCAAAACAACCAAGCUCUUUUGGAAGGCACUGCAACGAAAGGAAGAUUCAGACGAAGAUUACUAUGAAGGGCAAGCCAAUGACCUAUAG